GUUGGCUUUAUCAAGUCCACUCGCUCGCUUUGGGAGCACUCGGCAAAAGAUGGCAACAAUAUCGAGACCGGGGAUCUUUCGGUUGAUGCAGCAGGAGACGUGGACGUCCAAAUCCUGAGUCAGUCUGCGGGGAUCCUGGCGCUGUCCAAACCAGCCGACGUUCGCACAGAAGCCGUCGUUGCAGCUGCCUGCAGACGCCUCUCGCAGGAGCUUUUUUUGGUGUCACGCCUGGACUCUCCAACCUCCGGCGUGCUUCCGCUGGCAAUGUCUCCAAGAGCGCUCCAUUGGCUCCAGGCCCAAUUCGCCGGGCGCCUGGUGGAGAAGGAGUAUGUUUGCUUGUGCGGAGGGGACUCCCUGGGACCGCCAGGAACCAAGGGCAACAUUGAUGCGCCGCUGCGGGCAUUGAUGACAAGGACUGAAGUUUCAGAACACGGGCGGGCAGCAAGCACCGACUACGAGGUCAUCGCUUGUUUCGGAGGGCCAG